AUGACAGGUACAACAAUCGAAAUGCUAGAUAGUAGUGCUACGAACAUUAAUACUUCCACAACUAGCUUUUCCUCCAAUCAAAUCAACAGAAUCAACUCUCCACCUUCAGUCAACCUGACCAGUUUGACCUCUUCACAAGAUUCCAUGAUUCCAACAUCACCAACCAAUAAUUCCAACUCUAUGAACAGAAGAGAUUCCACUCACAAAUCCACAACUGGUAAAAGUUUACCAUCCUCAUUGAAAACACCAAGAACUUCAUCUGUUACUGCUUUCCAUUCGAAAAACUUUCGUAUACAUACAUGUUGUGGCAUUCUAGAGCUGAAUUGCUUGAAAAUGACAAGUUUGGCAGCACUUGUUGUUAGUUUAUUCGCAUUUACUGCCUUAAUUGCAAUCAUUAGUUUAAACUAUUCAGUAGUUGCCACCUAUCACUCAAGUUUAGAAACUUUAGAAACUUCUGGAACUUAUUACAGAGAAUUGAUGAAAUUAUCUGCACGUGCUGCAGUCACAGCUGAUUAUAACAGAACCUUGUCAUUGGAAUAUGUCGACUUGUACAAUAGUUAUUUUAAAGAGUAUUAUGUAGUAAUGAAUAAUUUAAUUGCAAACGUUCCUCCUUCAGUGCUGUAUUGGAAUCAACAUAACAUGUUGAGAGAAAAUGUCAAAUCAAGAAAAGCUGUCAAUAUGGAAGUUGCCAUGAUGUCACAAGUCACAAAUGGAAAUUAUACAGCAGCUCUCAGAUCCCUCGAUUCAGAUCAAUACAAAGAUUUGCUAACAGGUUAUGAAGAAGAAGUUCAAAGUAUCAUUGAUUAUGUCGCCGACCUUAAAUAUUCGAAUGCAGAAAUGGAUUUGGCAACCACAACUGUUGCCUUGAUUAUUAUUUGCAUUUCUCUGGCAAUUGUUAUUCCAGUUCUGAUUGUAUUUGUAUUAUUGAGUGUUCAGAAAGAUAAUUCGAAAGAGAAACAAUUGAGACAAGUGAAGAAAUACAUGAUUAUGGAUACGAUUAAUGAUCCUUCUGUGGUGGAGAAGUUUAAAGAUUUUUGCAAACAAGAGAGAAGUGAAGAAAAUUUUGCAUUGUUGGAAAAGAUUAAUGAGUAUAAGAAAUUGUGUGAAAGAAGUUUCGAUAUUCAGGUUUUCUUAUUCGAUACUGAUGUAUUGAGUAGUUCAGAUCAAUUUUCUGAAACAACAACAUCCAGUACUGAAGACGCAUCCAAGAAGAAGAACAAAGCUAAAAAGGGAUAUACUGAAAAAGAUUUAAUGGAAAUUGAAAAGAAGAAAUUCGAAAUUGCAUUCGAAAUUUAUUCAGAAUUCUUGGAUGUUCGUGGUGAUCGUUCAGUGAAUAUCAGCAAGGCAUUUGCUGAUAAUGUGAAACAGCAUUUGGAUUAUUUCGCAAAGGGAGAAAAUGAAUCCAUUCCAGAAAGUUUAUUCGAUAGUGUGGAAUACGAAAUGUGUGUCUUGAUGAUGGACACCCACCACAGAUUCAAACAAUUUAUGGAAGUUUCCCUCAAGGAAAAGAAACAAAUUCUUUCAACAUUGAAGAGAAAAACUGUAAAAAAGUAA